AUGGGGAGCAUCGACCUGGCCGCCUGCAGUCAACCGCAGAACUUCAAGACGCCAUGGAUUGAGACACCGUUGGUCGAGUCCGCCUGCCUUUCCCGGGCAGCUGGAUGUAGGAUCUUCCUGAAGCUGGAGAACGUCCAGCCCAGUGGCUCUUUCAAGUCCCGUGCCAUGGGCAAUCAGAUCCUUUCUCACCUCCGCAACCCAUCAAACGUGGGCCGCAAAGUUCACUUCUACGCUUCGUCCGGAGGAAACGCCGGACUGGCCGCCGUCUGCGCAGCCAAAAGCCUGGGCUAUCCAUGCACAGUGGUUGUCCCAAUGGCCACCAAGCCUCUGAUGUUGGACAAGAUCCGAGCAGCAGGAGCAGCAGAUGUCAUCCGACAUGGUGAGACCUUCUCCGAAGCAGGAGAAUACAUGCGGGAAACCAUCAUGAAGAGCACCAGCGGCGAAGACGAUGAUAUCGUCAAGAUCGCCCUCCACCCCUUCGACAACGAACCCAUCUGGGAAGGAAACGGCACCAUCAUCGACGAACUCGAGACCCAACUUCCCCCAGCAACAAGUCCCGAAGACACAAAAGCAUACAGUGACCGCGCCAUCCCCCUAGACGCCAUCCUCUGCAGCGUCGGCGGCGGCGGUCUCAUCAACGGCAUGAUCAUGGGCAUCGAAAAGCGCCGCCGCCAAAAGCAGACCACCUCCUCCCCCAACCCUAUCCACUUCCUCGCCAUCGAAACGGCCGGUACCGAUUCCCUGGCUGCGGCAGUCGCUCAGAACGCCCUCGUCUCCCUCCCCAAGAUCACCUCUCAAGCUACCUCCCUCGGCGCCAUCCGCGUCUCGGAAAAGACUUUCAACUAUGCUGUCUCCCCGCCCCCAGGAGUCAAAGUCCACAGCACCGUUCUCUCAGACGCAGAUGCCGCCCGCGGUGUUCUCCGCCUAGCCAAUGACGAGCGCCUCCUCGUCGAGCUUGCCUGCGGAGUUUGCAUUGAGGCUGCUAUUGGCGAUGCCGCCACUGCAGUUUCUCCAUCCGCUUCUGGGGGUGCUCAGAGCAUCAAGAAGCGGAAGCGUGGCUCAGAUGAGACGGCUGUCUCGUAUCGUGACGAGGGAUACGGCGACGACCGAUCCUCUACGGAAUUCGAUCUCGAGGGCGAGGUUGAGGUCACUGGUAACAAGCUUAACUCUAAGCUUAAGCAGCUGGUGCCCGAUCUUAAUGAGCGCAGUCGUGUUGUUAUCAUUGUUUGUGGUGGUAGCAAUGUUACUAUCGACAUGGCCAGUGAGUGGCGCAAGAUGCUGGAUGAGGGAUGGGCAUGA